AUGAUCCACGAUACAGGGGCCUCAAUCAGUAACGAGCCCUCUAGAGAUACAGAGUCUGAGCGGGAGACAGAGACAGAGACAGAGACUGCAAGCCACAGCAUCACCGACGCCGACGUUGUUGAGGCGCUACAGAAGGGUAUUCUUGAAGCUGCGAGGGAUAACGUUAAGGAGGAACUGAUCAACGAGGGAGAGGCGUCGCUGUAUUAUGACUCUUUGACCAUGUCGCCUUUGAACGCAAUGUCCGCUGCCGCUAUUGCUCGCUUCCGCGCCUACAAACCUCCAGCAUUCCCGCUAUGGGACCGUCUUCCGGUCCGGAGACGGGCUGCUGUUUUAAUACUGCUGUAUGCUGACCGACGCGGUGACCUGCGUGUUGUUAUCACCAUGCGUGCCGCAAGUCUGAGGAAUUUCUCUGGUCAUGCCGCCUUUCCUGGAGGCAAGGCGGAUGACGCCCAAGAGACACCAUUCCAGAUCGCACGCAGAGAGGCUUGGGAAGAGAUUGGGCUACCCAUGGACGAUUCCAAGCUCCCUAAGCCAUUCCGUGUAGAGCAUCUGUGCUAUCUGCCACCUUCUCUGGCUCGGACUCAUCUCGUGGUGAGACCAUGUGUUGCUUUUCUACAUGCCGACCAGCGAACAGCAGGAGAACCUGCUCCUACUGUGGAUGAGACUAUGAUCCCCAGGCUGGACGCACGCGAAGUCGCAGCUGUCUUCAGCGCACCUUUCUACAAUUUCCUCCAGGCAAAUGACCUCCCUCCCGGGCCUGGCGAGGUACUUCCUGAAGGUCGAUGGUACGAUGGAUUUUGGCAUUCAUGGAAAGACCAUCGAUGGCGAGUGCACAACUUUUAUGUUCCCGUUAACAAUCAGAGUAUUUCCAAACCUCGAAAGGACAGCGAACAAAGCCAACUGGUUGAGAAGUUAGAGAAGGAAGAAGAGCCUGACGGUAGAUUCAAGGUCUGGGGUAUGACUGCGCGUAUUCUAGUGGAUGCGGCAAGAAUUGCAUAUGCGCAAGAGCCUGGAUUUGAGCAUAACGACAGCAUUGGCGACGAGGAUAUCAUUGCACAUGCGGAUAGUUUGGGGGAGCUUGGGGAGAAGGUUCAGGAUAAGCCGCAGGAAAAGAAGACUGAGUCUGGUGAGGCCGCCAAGAUGUAG